GCCAAGAUGGCGGUCGAGGAGUGGUUUCUACAGGAAGAAGGUUGUCUUCARUUUAAUGGCCGGCCUACAUCAAUAUCGUAUUCACCAACAUCGCAUUGCUUUAUUGCUACUCUCGAAGAUGGAUCCAUUGAAGUAUUAGAUAUAAGYUCGGGACGUACAUUAAAACGCACUUUCCUUGAAGGGAUCGAUUCAAAUGAAUUUAGCUCGCUUCAGUGUCGAUUCUGCCCAGGAGUGGAGAAACUUUUCGUCAGUGAUAGCCAUACAGUUGGAUUGAGGAAGGAYUUCAAUGGAGUUUUACUCCUGGAUAGCAUUUUACAAGCUCCAGUUGCUGAAGAUUGUGAUACUCCAAUUACCUUAGAGCUUACCUUUGCUGAUGCCAAGCAGUUACAAAGUGGGGUUGAGUCAUGCAUCCCAACAGCAGUUCCUCCUGUCUUGGAUGUCAUGGAAACCUUGCGAGARCAACUCAAAGGAGAAGUAAAUAAAUAUCAACCCUCAUCAACAACAUUAAARUCAUCAUCUAAUAAGUCAGAUAAAGCCGCAAAGUGGAAUACAUGUAAACUCCAACUUCCUGCUGGUGCUUURCUUUGYGCCUUUGAUGGCAUGGUGACCUCUUUGCAUAAGAACCACAGGACGAGUGCAGCCUUACCAAUUGCAUCUGCUAUGCUUGCAAGAGUGAUGACACUUACAGGAACAUCUGUYUUAGAGAAGAGAGGUCAGCCUGUGUAUAAACAAUUGAUGUUUGUUGAAGCUGCAAGACGGCAGACUUUCUCAACAUGGCCACACAAUGAUUACAAGUGGGCUUAUCCAGAGGCCAUGGCUCAAGCAGGGUUCUAUCAUCAGCCCGUCUGCACAGGAGAUGACCGAGCAAUGUGCUUCACCUGCAGUGUCUGCCUUGUAUGCUGGGAGCCAACYGAUGAGCCAUGGUCAGAACAUGAACGGCAUUCAGCAGAAUGUCCCUUUGUGCGAGGAGACAGAACUGAAAAUGUUCCUAUUUCUGUAAGUCUUGCUACAACUCCAGCGAAAUAUCAUGGAAGUUCAAGAAAAACUAAGAUUACAAGUAUUAGYUCAAGUUCAUGUCCAUGUUUGAUGGCUACUAGUUCUGACACAGGGCAUAUUAUUGUAUGGGAUUUAUCAGACCAGCUAAAGGUUUACUCUCAAUUCAUGGUAGAUCCAGAUUCURAAGCAAAUGAAGGAAAAACAUUUCAAAAAGAUUUAUCAUCAUUACCUAAAGCCUGGCCAGAUACUCCUGACAAUGAAGAAUCUAUAAUCAUAAACCCAGUAGAUAAACAAACAACACCAAUAGAAAAUGCAGUAGAUCCUCCAAAAGUAUCUAGUAAUACACUUCAAGAAGACAACAGUAUAAAUCCAAUUCAAACUCAGGAUGAUAAACUAGAUAAUAAUAAAGAAGAUGAAGAAACUACAUGUGCAAGUGAAGCACAAGAGCAACAAAGCGAAGAGAAUGUAUUAACUGUAACAGUCGACCAUGACAAGGAUGCACAAGCAGACCCGGAGGAGGCUUGGUUUAAUGACGAGGAAGAUUCUACAUCUUCACCAAUUAUUGAAGAGCCUGAGGAGUCAAGUGAUGGAAUAGUUGAAGAGCCAGAUAGUCUUGAAACUAAGCCAAAUGACGACAAAGCAGGCACAGAUGGAAGUGAAUCAUCGUCACCAACAGACAUGGGUAAAACACAUGGUUUACAUAUAACAGCCUCCGCAAUUGUAUGUCCACCUGACCUGGAUCACCAACAUCUGAAGAAACUACACACUGCUGACCACAAACCAGUGGUUAUAGCAGGCAUUCACCCUUGUAAUAAUGACAGCAAUGAACUUGAUAACAUACCUUAUCUUUUGCUUUUUGAUGCUUCCUCUGACAAGAAUAUUACAAUCAAGAAACAAGAUAAACCUCCAACUGGGACCUUGAAAACUGGGCCAAAAGUAGCAUCUAGCCAGCAUUAUGGAGGCAGUCAAGAGGAUCUUUACAGYAUACUUAGCAGUGAUGAUGAUCUGGAUCAUGAGUUAUUACCGACUGUGCCACCAACUGGUAUACAUUCAACAGUUAUUAAAAAAUGUGCUGAAGCAAUAGCUGGUAAAAGUCHACAACAAAACGAUGAAAUUAAGAUGAAGCAACGUAAUGUAAUACAGAAAUUAACAUUUCCAUGCGAUGUAGCAGGGAGUGAUAGUACUGUUUCUSAAAUUAUACCCUGUUUAGAUGGACACCACGUGUUAGUUGUUGUUCAUAACCUAGGGCAUGCAGAAACGUCAUCUCAAGAAGACAGCAAUAUGUACCUUAAUGGUGGAUUGAAUUGCAAGAUUUGUAGAGAUGAYAAAGAUUUAAAUAAACUGAAAAACCAUGGAACUGAAGGAUGUAUAGUACUGAUAUAUCAACUCAUAUUGAGUAAAAACAGUACGCCAACACUUUCAGAACCUAUCAUAUGGAAGAAACUCUCCCCGGAUAAUACUUUAUUCAAUGUCAUCGGGGUACCUGUAGAUAACACUGAACAUGUUGACUAUUCAAAAGAUUUCUUUCUAAGUGAUAUAGAUGACGAACUUGGUUUAUCCACACGUAAUGACAAGACUUGUAAUGGACGAUUUGCUGGUAUAACUCGGGAUGGCUGCAUCAUGAUUAUUAAUGCUCAGACUUUAGAUACACUGGCAAAAUUCUCUCCRUCUGGUUUGGUAGACCAAGUUGAYGAUAGUUUUAAUGAUAUUGUGUAUUGCCCUGGAAUUGACUGCUUGUGUUGUUCUACAAUACAAGGAACAUUGCAUUUUUUAAGUUUAGUUCACAACCAUGAUACUACUGAUUCUGAAGGAAGUCCGCAAGGAAUGGUUACUGGUGCUGAUGCUUUGAUAGAAUCUAUAAGUCAGACAGAUGAGAACACAAUUCAAAGCUUACUUAAGUUACUCCAAAAAACUGAGUUUGAAAAUCUUGUGCCAAGGUUUACAUCCAUAAUUCCUCCAUGCUGGACAGAGAUACAACAAGAACAACAGCAACGACAACACCCACAGCACCUUCAUCAACAGGGCAUCGGUGAUGCUACGAUGCACACAAGAACUUGGAAACUACAACAGGAAAGCAAAGGUCAAGCCAGCGGUGAACAGGUGUUUGAACUUCUCCUCCCAAAGCAAUGUCAUGUUGGUCAUGUUGACGUGAAGUUYUCUCUCAAUAACACUAAUAAUUCUCCUGUCAACGUGUAUCUUCUCAAACCGUGGUCACUCAAGUCAUGGCAAGAAGAAUACAGUUCAAUUAACAAGAAAGUCCCAAUUCUGUCAGCAGCCAAAGAGAAUGGACAUAUCCUUUGUGGCCCUGUUGAAAUCCAAAAAGGACCACAUCAAAGAAUAGCAUUAACUUGUCCUGACUUGGUCAARACAAGRCACCGUAUUCUUUUAUUAGURUUUGAAACAACACAGUCAGUGUGUCCUCUGGAAGAGAUAUCAGUGACUGUAAGAAGAUUUAAAUUCACUCCUUCAAAUCCAGGCUUUGUACAGUAUCCCAUAAUGCUAGAGGAACCAGCAUUUCAACGUAGGCUAAUCGAUAUYGYGUGUAAUCCUGGUCGUGAUGCAAUAUUGGCUGAAAGUGUUAGAAAACUUGCCUUGAAUGUKCUUUGUUGGAUAGCAGGAGUAUGUGUUCACACACCCAUUAGAACCAACAGCAUGAUUCACCAGGUACAAGCAAGGCUUCCAGAAAUUAUUCCUGUAUGUUUCCUUCAGUCUGGAAGAUCUGUUGCUCAUCAGUGUUGUAUACUUUUAUUACUCUGUGCCAGACAGUCAAAUUGGGACAAGAAAUUUGGUAUAUCCMACACAGAACAUCCCUUCCGCUCCGCUCUCCUUCAAGCAAUACUACAUAUCCUUCCUGAUACAACGAAUGCAUUUUCUGCUGGAGCACUGCACUCACUAUUCUCAGUACUGAUUGGUUAUGCAGCAGUGGCUGAUGUCAGGCAAACAAAUAUGGUAUGUCAAGAAUUAUUAACAGAAGUAUCUACAAAGAUGGAUUCUCUCAUGUUGAACUCGCAUGGUAUUCUACAUGGGAGGUAUGGUCUCUAUGGUUUGCCGUUUGAGCCAGUACUAUUUGACCUGACUUUACCACCUACAUCACAGUCAUCAACGCCACCGCCAGUUACUAUUUCACCCCUUASUGCCCAGACUUCAUACCCAGGACAGUUGAUAUAUCAAUCCCAAGCUAAGGGUUAUCUAGGACCUGGUGGACCUAGAGAACCMAUGACYUCMUCUAGUGCUUCAAGUAGUAAGGCAUCGUCUGGAUUGAUGAAGGCUACAGGCCUGCAAGACCUUGAAGGACCCUCUGACAACACACAGUACCUUAACUCCCUUAUAGCUCAUCAAGGACUACUUGAAGUAGAACCACUUCAYUUUACCUGUAUAUCCACAAGUGAUGGUGCAAGAGUAGAAAGAGCAGAGUCAUCGCAGGGAGUACCGGUGCCUGGACUACCAACAGCAGGAGCRGCAGCAGCRGCGGCAGCAGCUGCUGCAGCAAUAGGUGGSCAYUCRCUACCAUCAAUGUUACCUACAGUAGCUGUGUCUCCYGAGCCAGACAUUGAAUUAUUAAAGCAGCAUUAUCAACAGCUUGCAAAGAUUCAACUCCAACACAAACACGUCCUGGAGAAACACAAGCAAGAACUAGAGGAACUAGCAAUGUGGUCUUUAUUUCCUAAGAUGUUAUCAAAGCUAGAGACUGGGGUAUCUAGUGGAGUUCUUCCUAGCAGUGUUCCUAGUAGYGAUGUGACAUAUUAUUUUCAUGACGGCCAUUCUUUCACUGGUUACAACCAAGGAGAAUCUGUCAACUUGUCACAACAGAAGAAACUAACUCAUCGCAUGGCGUCCAACAAGAAAGGRUURUCACCACUGACACCCAUUCACAGACAACAUAGUCAGUUACCCCAACCCCAAGCCCUCAUUAUUGACCGUCUGCACUCUGGUGCUCGUCAUCAUGUSGUAUUAGACUUUGGAUCUCCUAUGGAACUAACUGAUAUAAUCAUAUCUUCCAAGAGUGAUUUAUCAUCACUUUCUAUUGACGUCUGGCUUGAAGGAGAAGAGAAAGAUGCACAAAGAAUUGCAAUUGUAGCUGAUAUUGGAUCAUGUGAUUGUGUGUUGAAAGACCUUCACCCUCCCCCUAAUGAACUGGGUUAUGAUCAAAUGAGAGUAUUAUGUACCUGCCUUGUAGAGACCCUAGUUGGAAUAAUGGCCAUAAAUCAAGAUGACAAAGGGUUUCUUGUCAAGACUAAUAUCCCUGUGGAGCCUCAAGUCAUAUGUGCUGGUUUUACUAGAGAUCUGUGUGAAGUGUUUUUCAGGAAUCUUUGUGUACAUGGGAACCCUGUGUUAAGAGUAAGAGUAGCAGCGUUAUUGCUUCACACAUGUGGUAAACAGCCAUGGUGGGGGAACUUCCUGGCUCAAGUUCUUUAUCAGUUCUUUUCCUCUUCUCAGCACAUGGUUUUUCCUCAGGAAAGGGUGUUUGUAGUUCUGUCUGUCCURUCCCAGCAGUCCCCUSAUAUWGCCUCUGUAUUAACAAGUCUAUURACACUACUAGACCGUGUUGUAUCUAUAACUAAUAAGAAAGGUCAAAUGGAUGUACAGGGAAUAGAUAUACCUUUAGUUGGUUGGAUAGUUUUACUACUUGCUCAUAUUUUGAAUACCUGUGGUAUUGGCAAAACACAGCAUAUUACUUCUGACAAGCCUGUUGACAGUGGCUCCAAAACAAGUUCAUCUAAAGACAUCAGCAGCGGACCAUGUGAUAAAUGGGACUUCAUUGUCCCUUCACCAACCACGCAAACCAACCAGCCAACCUCCAACCUUACAGGUUAUCGGCAGAGACACAAGUURAGAGUCAAGUUGUCUAAGCAUGAGAAAAGCCUUCAGAAACAACAGAAGAUCAUGAUGGACAUGUAYGGGGAGGCUCAYGGCAGUGAAGCACAUGAUGCUCAUAAUAUUGAACAGGCGUAUGUCAAAGUCAAGUCAAAGAUGACUUCACAAGCAUUAAAGCAACAAUUAUAUUUAAAGCAACACAUUAAAGACUUGAUGAAACUUCGUCACCAUGACGCCGAGUCAGGAAAAGGCAAAAAGACGACCAGUAAAAGCAAACAAAAGAAACCAGAAAGUGGACCUAAAUCGGUGCCGAUGAUUCUUCUUCAAAAUACUACCGUACCAGUCAUCAAGAAAAUGAUGCAACUUGUGCUUGCAAUGGAUGCAACAUGUUCYGUUGAUCUUGUUCUUACUAUAUGUAAGGUUGUUUCUCUAUUAUCUUCAAUCAGCCAACCUACUGUAUGUAUUACAGAUAUCCUUUCCCAGUCCCAAGUUGAAUCUAUUUUACGACUGUGCAUUAGUAAUUGGGGUGGUUCUUGGACACGUCAUGCUCUGAUCACCCUUCUCCAGGACUUGAUGAAUGGCUAUAAGGGAGAUACCCAAACUGCUCCUCCAGAACAAGAGAAAAAAACAGUUGUAGAGAGUACAAGUGGUGUAGAAACCAAAGAGCAAGGGUCUGAUCCAAUGCCAGACUAUUGGUCAGUCAUGAUUCCUAAAGGAUGGAGCGAUCCUCUCAUGGCUGGUCCAAUUGAGUAUGCUGGAUACGACUCACCAACAUUCCCUGGAUAUGAUUCACCACCCCCAGUACCCUCCCCUCCCACGUCAGUUACAUCUAGUCUUGUCAUCCCUCCUAAGCCUGCUGUGAGCUCAGAAACAUCUACUUUAGUAAAGGCAUCCUCUGCUUUAGAUGCUCGUCUUGAACUUGGUGUUACCAUGGAGGCUGAAUGGGAUUUCAAGUCUUUACAGUUCAUCCAAACUGAUGCUGUUCUCAAAGGAAUGACGACUAGUCAUCUUCAUCGUUCACAAAACUAUCAGAUAACAAGAAAGCAACCUACAGCAUCCUCUGCUCAAAUUGUGCAAGUAUUUACAAGCUGUUUUGACAAGCUGUUCUCAGAGUGUUGGGAUUAUACCAUUGAUUUGGGUCUACUCCUUGAGCUGUGGCUGAGACUGAAUGGUGUUCUUCCAGACAGUACCAGUAAAUCCCCAUUGUUUGUACCAUUAAGUACUUCAUCACUGGCCACCAUGUUGUCUUUCCUGGCUGACUGUCCAACCAUUUCACUACAGAACCUUUAUCUUGCUUUUGAGGUCAUGCGUAGUGUCGUGGAAAAGACUGUCCAGGAAGACUUAGUGUGCUUGUCAGAAGCCUUUGUAAGCAAUCCAGAUUUGGUGAAAGUUCUGCAGAAGACUGUAGUUGAAGGUUCUCCCAAGGAUUAUGGAUCAGAAACAGGUGUUGGUACAGCAGGGACUGGUAUUAAACAGGUUGAAGUCUUCUUGUCAACACUGGCUGUUGCACUGGAAAAGCAAGAUGAAAGUUGUUUACUUGCAAAGUUUCACAAUGUGAUGCUGAGCUUGUUGUGCACGCUCACAGCUGAAAAUGUCCACUCCAGUGGAAGAUCUUUACAAGUGAAACCAAUCUUAAGAGCAUUCUUAAAGCACCCGCCAUCAAGCACCAAAGAACUUGACUUGUCAUUGGUCAUUAAACUGCUCCAAUUAACGAUGCAAUUAUCACUACAACAUCUGAGAAAGAUGGACGACAUCACUCUACAUGCUUCAAGUCACUUCCAUGAAACUCCUCGUCUCACUACUUCAUCUCAUUUCCUGGACACAAAGACUUCCAAUGAACCAUGGAUUGUCCACAGUACCUGGUUAACCAAGCUCCUUAGUUUGGUUAUAAUGCUCUUGCAAAUACCAGCAGAAAAACCAGAGACCACUCAGCCAGGAAACAAAGAAGUUCUUUCUGUUGAGAAGGACGAUUCUAAUAGCAAACAAGACUCUAAUUCUCAAGGAGGUUGUUCUAGUAGUCAAUCAGUUGUUGAUGCAUUGGCUGAGGCUUCUAAUACUAUGGUAACAACAUUACAAGCAAUGGCCAAAGCAGUUGAGAAAAAUGCAACUCAAGCAACUGAAGACACUCAAACAAUUAUCAAUGUCAUUGAAGAGGAAUCAUCCAGCUCAGUAUCAGAAACGGAAACGUCUGGAGAAGAAGAAUCACUACCAUCGACAGACAACACCUGCUCAAAGUCUGAUGAUAAGAUUGAAGAGACAAAUGAUGAAGUAAUGAAUUCUCCACCAUCACCGCCAUCUUCACCAAGACCUUCCAGUAUUCUUCCUGAUAAAAUCAUCAACGAAGAUGAUAUUUGUAUGAAUCUUCUCUUUUGCCUUAACCUAUGCAGCUCAAAUAACAUUGGAGUGCUUCUAACAGGUGCCAACAUCCUGAACAGUGGUGGCUCUAAGCCUGUAACUGGAGAACCUGUGUCUGUUGAAGAUGGUAUACUACAAGUUAUGACAGUGAUUUUUAGUCAACUAUCCCAUAAAGAAAUGCUUGUCGAUACUGUUAUUCGAUUUCUAUCUGGAAAUGAAAGAUCACAGGAUAACCGUAGACCAGUAACUCACGUAUCUGAACCAUUCCUUUGGUUCUUGUUAAGAAUGUUGGACUCUAGUAAACAAGUAGCUGUGUUUAGUGAACAAGGUGGAUAUGAGUUGUUAUUCAACAAUCUAGUUGCAAGCUACCAUGUUCGUCUUGAUGACAAGACACAAGACCUCAUCCCAGUCAUGAGACAAUUGACUAAACUCGCUCACAGCCCUGGUGACUCUAGUGUGAAGCUGUUACUGAAUGCCGUGUGGGAAGCAGAGACAACAAACGGCCUGGUGAAUUAUGCUCCUUUUGGGUCUAUAAGCUGUACUCGACCAUCAGCCCAYCCAGCAGAUGCUCUGCUAAAAGCAUGCGCACCACAUCGCCGUGCCCGGUCUGCUACCUGGUCAUAUCACUUUUAUCCUGGUGAACUAUGGUGUGAUCUGACGAUCCAGCUACCUACACCUAUAUUACUACACGCAGUGUAUAUUUUACCACAUACUACCAGCCUUACAAGCUGCCCAUCUUACGUAGCGUUAGAUUACAGUAUAGAUGGUACUGUCAUGACCCCUGCCAGCAAACCUGUAAUGACCAGUGGACUGAGUGUCAUUAAAUUACAAUUUGUACGACCACGAAUUGCACAGCGAGUUUGUAUUAGAUGUCGACGGCCAAGAGAUUCUGAGUCACUAGGUCUCUCUCAGAUUAAAGUGUGGGGGACAUCAUUAUAUGGUCCUCCAGCCAAUGGUCAUGUCAGUAAUGUAGAAAGCACACAGUAUGAUUGUCUUAAUUGGAUUUGUCUUCUUGACCAUUGUUUACAUCGCACACCAUCUGAUGCWCUGGGAAGUUUAUCAUCAUCACAGAUGCUCAAACAAGUGUUYAGUAUUUGUAUUUCCCUACUUGGAUCAAAUCAGAGUGAACUGUUCUCUGGUUGUCAAGAGGACGUCCUUUACACUCUAGCCUUGGAGUUCAGUGAUCUUKGUCAAAUMCUUCUCAAGAGUCUGCUGGUUAAUCCUGGCCGUGCUUCACGGACACCAGCAGUCAGUUCUUCCGCGGUCCAACUGGUCUUCAAACUCGCUAAGUCUAGUGGUACUGCAGCUUCUCAGAGGUUGAACAUGAUUGCUGAGUGGUUGACGUCAUUGGCAUCUCAAGCUCAUGUCUCCAUAGCAACAGAUAAUGGAUUGACAGGUCUUGUACAGGCAGUGGCUGCAGUUAUAUGGGCAACUGCCRAUUCAGACCUUGCUGGUAUUGUCCAGGACGAGUUUAAAUUACCUCUUUUUAGAUCCAUUUACGAGUGGUCGCAAUUAUUAGGCAGACAAGAACCUCUCAAGCAAGCUGUUGACUAUCUGAUCUGCUCUCUUUGUCAUGUUUGUCCAUCAUAUUUCCAACAUCUUCUCCAAGUCACUGAAGCUCAGAGUYUAGUUGACCAGGCAAGAACUCAAAACAAGACCGAACAUCCAGUGUUUAUUGGUAACCCUAGUGGUAUGGAUACCUUGUCUCGUGCUAGUCUCUCUCCAAUUACAUCUCAGUUAUUGCUGGCUUCUGGAGUGUUAAAUGUCCUGCACGAUUCAGCGUCAAUGUUGUGUAACAGCAUACUGACUCCCAAGUCAAGGGAAGAUCCUACUGCGGGUGGAAUUGGUCUGUCUGUAAACUACCUCUCUGAUGUUCUAUCUUUCAUGGCGGCUUGUACUGAGGAACCAGUCAUCAAGACCUGGUUUGGUGAAGUUGGUAAUCGAUUCUGGAAACCUUUGAUGAUGUUACUGGGAAGUGGGAUUCUCUUUAGUCCUGUUGUAAGAAUGAACAAGUCAGCGGCUUUGCCUACAAGACAUCGUAUCGCACUAGAGUCUGCAGCUAUUGAYUUCUUCUGCAAGUGUAUCUCCUGUCAUCCAGACAACCAGACUCUGUUUGCAAGGCUUCUGUGUGAGGUUAUGGCAACBCCAUGUGGGAUAUUUGGAAUGUCUACUGAGCAUGCUCACAUUGAUACUAGAGGWGUUGGUCUAGAUGGUUUUCUAAGGCGGCUUCUYCUUGAGGCGYUAUUGCAAGAAGAAUCGAUGAAAGURUGYGUGCAYUAUGGAUCAGGGCURAAAUCACUCCGAUCAAUGCAGGAAAAUGGGUUUUCACAUGACCGUGAUUGGCAYCCAAGAUUCGGUGCUGGGUACGAUGUUCUGGUCUUUAAGGGGAAGCUUGCUUCCACUGUAGAGGCACUAGAUGAGAUCAUGUUCCCUAACGCCGUCCCAUCCAAUAAAGUAUCUGAGGAAAAUAAUCAAGAAGAUGACGUUACAAAGAUAGGAAAACUGAAAGGUGAUUUAGACGAAUACUCAUCCAUGGCAGAUCCAGACUUGCUGGAAGCAGUUGCUGCUGGAAUCAAUGUCAAGACGAAACGCGCAAAGACAACUUCACUMCCCCCGAAAAUGUCAAGUCAGAAAUUAGACCCAAGUAUAUUGAGRGAAAAUCUAUGCUCACCUAUUUGUCGACAUCACAGCCUUCUUGGGAGUGUGAUGGUUCCAACYCAAAUGACUMUGUCUAGUUUAGUUAAUGCAUUGAUAAACAGAGGCCUUCCUGUAGGUACAAAUUAUAUCGAAAUGUCCCUAAAGACGUGUGGUGUCCAUGAAAAUGAUGACAGUCUCGCRCAGACUCCUCCUUUGACCUCAGUUCUGCACAAGUUUGCUUCAUUUGAUGGUCUAGCUAUCUUGUCUUCUCGCUUGUCAUGUCCUUUAGUCAUGAAUACACAAGAAGCAGACGUCGACUCUAGUGAGAUUGCAUUACCUCUAGCCUUUCCAUUACCUCUUUUCUCGCUGUCGGCGUCUGUGUUGAGUCGAAUACCUGGCCAUUCUCUAGCAGCAUUUGGGUUAUUCAUAUGUCUGCCUGGAUAUGCUGAUGUAUUGUUGCAAGACAGACCAAAGGCACAGUGCUUGUUAAGGCUGUUACUUGGAGCUGAGGAUGACGGCAAUGGCGGUCACGUGCUGUCCUCAAGUGUUGCUACUUCACUUCCAACUCUCCCAUUUCAAAUCCUGCGCCUGCUGUUCCACUCCAAACCGCUGUCCMGAGAGGAUGGUGUGCGCCUGCGUGAAGURUCAUUAGARCAAGGUGCGGUACAACUUGUGUUGAUGUGUCUGGGUGUCCUUAGUCAUCACGAGCCUCGUCUUGUCAGUCCUGCUGAUAGACUUGCAUUACAGACAGUAGCUGCUCUGACUGGCAAUUUAUUACGAGGAUCUGACCAAGGCAACAAUAGCGAAAAGCAAUACUGGGCCAAAGGGACUGGAUUYGGGACAGGCUCAACGUCUUCUGAUUGGGAUAUUGAGAAUGCUAUGAAAAAACAACGUGCUGAAGAAGCUCACUCCACCUGUAUGCUUCAGGUUUUAGCAAGCUACAUUCGUCCAUCUGGUAUACAAAACAAUGAAGACCUAACGAGCCCUGACUACACGACCGAGUACCCAGACUCUGAUAGAAUACCGCUGUCCAUGAUGGAACUGCUGGCUCGAUCUUGUCUUGUACCAACAUUAUCGUCAUAUCUCAGAAAUGAUUCAGUUCUAGACAUGGCUCGUCAUGUACCGUUAUAUCAAGCUGUGCUUGAAGUCAUGCGUGCCCUGGCUACAUGUCCGUGUCUAGUCCAUUUACUGACACCUGAUGAGACGGGAGACGCAAAUGGUGCUACAAGCCUUGCCGCUUUGAUUGAAAAGAUGAAACAGUGUGUGGAUACUUACUCAAAGACUUUACGGUCGACAUCAAAAGCAAUAAAGAAAAGUAAACUAACGAAGAAGCCUGUUCAGGCCAAACAACCGACCACCAGCACCGCUAUUCCAAGACAAGACGAACCAGAAGGAGAAACAGACACUAAGGAAUCAGAUGCUGAAGGACUUGCACUUCUCAUUCCUGAUAUACAAGCUACAGCAACCCUCGUUCACGAUGUUCUAAGCCAUCUUCGUGAUGUAGAAGCAAGCAAAUGUGAAAGUGACGGUCAGGAGAAUGCAGACGGUGGAUUCUUAAAGAACGUUGAACUCAGUAAUGAAGAGAAGUACUUAGCCAUCAUGAAACCGCUUCAAUUUGAUAUGUAUGAGAUUAUCAGCGAGGAAGAUAACGACAGAUUGGAGUUUACCAUUAGUUACCAUUUCGCUUCAACAUUGCGUUCAGCCACCGCGAAUGGUGAGAUGGGUAGUCCGGCUCGCGCAAGACGUCUAGCACAGGAAAUUACGUCACUCUCCACUUCGUUACCGCUGUCCAGUAGUAGUAGCGUGUUCGUAAGAUGCGAUGAAACACGUCUAGACAUCAUGAAGGUUCUGAUUACUGGACCAGCUGAGACACCAUAUGCCAAUGGUUGUUUUGAGUUUGAUGUUUACUUUCCUCACAACUACCCAAAUGCUCCCAUGCAGAUUAACUUUGAGACAACUGGACAUCACACAAUACGCUUUAACCCUAACUUGUACAACGAUGGAAAGGUUUGUCUAAGUAUUUUGAACACUUGGCAUGGAAGACCAGAGGAAAAGUGGAACCCACAAACUUCGAGCUUUCUACAGGUCCUCGUCUCCACGCAAUCGCUAAUUCUAGUGGCCGAGCCGUAUUUUAAUGAGCCUGGGUACGAACGAUCUCGAGGGACACCAUCGGGCAAGCAGAAUUCACAGGAAUACAACGCCAACAUUCGACAAGCCACUGUGAAAUGGGGGAUGUUAGAACAACUGAGAAAACCUUGUAAAUGCUUUAAAGAGGUUAUCGAAAGUCAUUUUUAUUUGAAAAAGGAUGAGAUUUUGAAUCAAUGUGACACUUGGAUUCGUGAAAUUGAAGCACUGACAUUACGAGAUGGCGGAAGACGAGCUGCUUUGCAUCAUUUACACUCGUUACGACAACAUACUUCACAGUUACGAGUCGAACUUGAAAAGCUUUCACCUCCAAAACAAUUGCAAUCAAAGAAAAGUGACGCUUAGCAACUGUAACAUAGCAACCCUUAAAAUCUUGGGUAUUGCCUAGCAACAACUAGUUACCAACAGUAACAGUUUUGUGCUUUAUAAAUAAGAUCGAUUGCUUAGUUACCAGAUGUCUAUAAAUGCAGCUUACCUUAGCAACCAAUUUCCUAGCAACUCAUUACUUAGCAACCAUAGUGGCAAAUUUAAAGUUAGUGCAGCCAGAGAUAAUCUUUUUUAUGCCGCAAAUGUAAAUGCUAUGUAAUAUUUUCCAAAACAAAAUGAUAUGACAGUUCUAGUUUCUGCCAUGUGCAAAUGAUUUCAUUGUGGGGGGAGGGAGAGGGGAAAUGCAAAAUAACCUGACGGGGGAGGCAUCAGGGAACUGUUUUUGUACAUUCCUGCAUUUCUAUUUUCAGAAUAAAUUGAUUCAUGGAUAUUUAUAUUAUUGACAUAAAGUAGUUAGCAAAUUCCUACACAGAUUUGUGUUGUGAUUAUUAUUAUUUUGUAGAAUAAGAUUGCUGCAUAUGGUGCAGCCUGUUAAUUACUUGAUCACUCUUGAUAUUACAAAGACAAUUUCACAAUAAACAUGUCAAGAAACUA